AUGGGUGAGGAAGGAGAUGUUAUGAAGGUGGAUGAAAAUACUAAUACAGAAGUUAAGAAAUUAGUUGAUAAAGAAUGUAAUAUAUUGAAAGAAGAGGCAAUGGAUGUAAUUGAAAGUACAAAUAUUGUGGGAGAAAAAGUUACUAAAAAGGAUAUAAAUGAAAAAUUAGAAGAUGUCGCAAUGAAGACAGAAAUUAAAGAAGAUAAUAUGGAGAUAAAAGUUAACCUUGAUAAUAACGUUUCUAAAUCUAAAAAUAACCUGGUUAAAGAUGAAAAAGAUUUUAAAAAAGAAUUUUCUUCUACCUCUUCGACUGAAAGAUCAAGUUCUCAACCAAAAACAACAAAUGUUGAUGAUGAAAUAUUAAAUGGUGAGGAUGAUUUAUUUAAUAUAUUAAAACCUGAUCCUGUAACAAUAUCAGAAAUUUAUGAAACACCUUCAUUUGCGGAUAUAUUUGUUUUCUAUAAUACUUUUUCUUCAAUUCUUCGUCUAAAACCAAUAACAUUUGCCACAAUUGAAAAGAUACUAACGACAUUUGAUGAAAAGGGAAGAGUAGAUAAAGAAUUAAUAAAUAUGCAGCUAACUUUAAUAAGAAGAGCUGGUAAUCCUGCAGCAAAAUCUGAAAAGUUUGAACAAGCUAUAUUUAAACUAGCUCAAUACUACCCUAUUCUUCAUUCUAUAUCUGAAGAGUUAGAAGAAGUCAAACAUUAUUCUUUAUUAACCAUUAAAUCAAAAUUGUUUUUAUGGAAAGUUAUGUGUCUAGCACAAUUUGAUUAUAAUACAAAGUUUAAAGAAGCUGUAGCUAAUUCACUAGAUUACUGCGAAUAUAGUUUUAAACCAAUGGGUUUUGAUAAAAAUGGAAGAAGAUAUUUUGGUAUAAAAGAUUGUGAUGGUGAUCUUAGAAUAUUUAGGGAAGAUAAUUUUGUUAAAAAUGAAGAAAGUGGAAUUUUUGAGGAAUGUUUUGAUAGUGAUAAAGGAGAAUGGGAAGUAGUUGUUAAAAAUGACAACGAUUUAGAGUGUUUAUUAAAAGAAUUAAAAGAAUCUCUUUAUAUUGACAAAGAAGGUAAUAGUGGUGGAGAUAACCAAGAUAAUAAUGAUGAAAAUAAAUUUGAAUUUGUAAAACAACUAAAAAAACAUUGUAUAUUUAGCGAUUUCAUCACCACACAAGAUAUUGAUCAAAAGAAAAAGGUUAAACUUGAGAAAAAAGCUCAGAGAAAGCAUAAAAAAAAUCAAAUUGAUAAAGAAGUUACUGGAGAAGAGGUGGCUGAGGAUGAGGAGGGUAAUGGUGGAGAGAGUAAUGAAAAUUCAAAAGAAUUAAGAACACGUACAAGUCGUAGAAGUACAACUAAAGCACUUUCUGUAGAGGUAGAGGAGGUUGAUAAUGAUGAGAGUCAGGAAGAGGAAGAUGAAUAUAUUUCUGAUGAUGGUGAUGAUGAUGACGAUUACAAAACGUCUUCUUGUCGAAAACCAGGAAGACGUGGUAGAAAGAAAAGUCAAAAAAAACCACGUUCUAAAAGUACAACACCAGAAGUUGAAGAAGAAGCAGAGGAUGAAGAGGAAGGUACGGAUGAGGAACAGGAAGAAGAGGUUAAAGAAAGGAAGCAAGCAAAUCUUGAAUCUGUCUGUCAUAUAUGUUCAACCUCCAAAGAUCAAAAUCUUUUGUUAAUUUGUGAUAAAUGUGACAAUAUUUGUAUACAUUUAUAUUGUUGUAAACCUAGAUUAUAUACUAUUCCGGAAGAUGACUGGUUUUGUCCUGACUGCCAUCAUAAGGAUUUAGUUAAAAAAUUGGAAAUUCUUUAUAAAGAACUUCUAGAAAGGAAGGAAAUAAAAUUAAAAGAGGAAGAAAGGAAAAAUAAAGCUGCCGAAGCAUUAAAAAGAGAAUUAGCUUUAAUAAGUGUUAAUCUAAAUGGAAUAACACCACUAGCUUUGACUCGACGUGCUCCACUUCAAAAGAAAAAUGAUGAUGAAAAUAGUGAUGAUAUUUCUGAUGAUGAUGGUACAGUAAGAAAAUCCAAAAAACUUGCUAUGAAAAAAGUUUGUAGAAAUACUAGAAAAAGGAGUGAUUUUGAUCUUGUCCCAACUAUUGCUGAAGGUAGAUCUAGACGAAGUACAAGAAAUGUUGAUUAUCGUUUUAAAGAUUAUGAUGAACAAAUUGAUGAUCUUGUUGGAGAAGUUGGUGAAGAAGAAGAGGAAGAAGAAAAUGAUACAAAAGAAAUUUCUAAAGUUGGAAAAAGAAAGAAAAAAGAUGAUGAUGAUGAUUUUGAGUUGGAUGAACCUAGUGAAGGUGAGGAAGAUGAUGAAGAAGAGGAUGACGAAGAUAUGUACGUUCCACCAUCUGGGUUAAGAUCAUCGCGUAGAGGAAUACGUAGUAGACGUAGAUCUGAUGAAGAGUUUAUUAAUGAUGGUAGUGAUUCAGAUUAUAAUCCUUCAAGUGGAAAGAAAAAACAAAGGAAAUCUUUGCCAAGACGUGGUCCUGGUAGAAGAAGAAAAAAUAACUACAGUUCUGAAGAAGAUGAAGAGGAGCUUAGUAAUGAUGGUUCAACACCUGAAUUUAAAAAUAAAGGAUCAAGUAGAGGUAGAAAAAGAAAAACUAAAAAUGAUUCUGAUUUUUAUGACAGUGACUUUGAAGUUACAACAACUGGUAGACAUGUUAGAAAAGCUGCAAAAGUUGUUUAUAAGGAAGACUCUCUCAGUGAUGACGAUUCAACUAAUGCCAGUAAAUCAGGAAGUAGACUAUCUGGUAAAAUACUUCCUGUUGGUUCGUUACAACGUCGACGAACCAACAUAAAUGACGAAGAUGAAUUUAAACCAGAUGAUGAUGAUAGUCAAGGAUACAUAAAUACAUCUUCAAUACCAUCAUCAAAUAUACCGGUAUUAAUUCCAAGACCUUCACCUAGAAAGUUACCACAACAAGAUGCUGGUAAAAAUCCACUUAAAUUGACAAUGGAUGUUGUUUGCCGACCACCGCCUAGAAGAACAAAUUCAUCUUCACCGAUAGAAUCAUCUCAAGUAUCUCCAGCCAUUGUAGCAAAUACAACAAUACCUUCAAAUACUCCAACAAGUUCAAUAAAUGGUGAAAGUACAAAUAAGCAACAAACUAUUUAUAUAACAAGUCCAUCCCACCAACCACCAGUUAUUUCAUCACCUCGAUAUCAACAAAUGAUAGUGCCUCAAGGAACAUAUAUAGUUCAACAACCAAUGAUAGCACAUCCACAAAAUAUCCAAGUAAUCUCUUCACCAUACCACAGCCCUGCAUCAACAGUUGGCACAGCGGGUUAUGCAAUAUCUCAAUCACCAAUAGUAUAUCAAAAUUCUCAAAAUUGGGCACCACCAUCUUGGCAACCUGGUUUAACACAAUCAAAUCCUCAAAUUGUAUAUCAAGUAAAUGGAGCUCAAGGUCAAAUGUACUCACCAAUGGGACAAAAUUCAGUUGUUAUAACUAACGUACCACCUGAAACAGAUAGAAAUAAUUUAAUAUCAGGUGCAUUAAGUAGUGAUUUGACAAACUUAUAA